AUGUCUGAAACGAACCCGCUCCUGGCGGGCCGGGAUGGCCGUUCGCCCUCUUCCUCGUCCUCGACGCACGCCCGCUCGCGACCCUCGUUCAACCUCGGCGUGCGACGUCCCUCGCACUCCUACCGCCGUCCGAGCCGCAGCGACAGCCUGAGCAACGCCGAAGUCCACCCGGACCCCAACCACGUCGAGCCGCUCCUCCCCGCCUCGGCCCCACACCCCGACCAGGAGACUCGACUGCACAGGCCCAAGUGGUGGAGGAAGGACUACCUCACCGGCGAGCCCAACGAGUGGGCCAAGUUCCGAUACAUCUGGAGAGAGGAGUUUGCCGAGUUCUGGGGCACGUUCAUGAUCCUCCUGUUUGGCGCGGGCGUCGAGUGCCAGGUCAACCUGCACUACGCCUCGAGCGUGCGCACCUCGAGUGCAUUCGGCUCCUACCUCUCGGGCCGACUGGCCUGGGCCGCGGGCGUCUCGAUCGCCUCCUGGGUCUCGGGCGGCAUCAGCGGCGGGCACUGCAACCCGACAGUCACGCUGUGCCUAUCCCUCUACCGAGGUUUCCCUCUCCGAAAAGUGCCCUGGUUCAUCCUCUCGCAGCUCCUCGGCGCCACGGCAGCCUCGCUGGUCGUCUACUUCAACUACUUCCACAGCAUCUCGCUCUUUGAAGGCGGCUCGGCAUCGCGCACCGUCGUUGGGCCGCACGCCACCGCGCCCCUCUUCUUCACCUUCCCCGCGCCCUACCUGCCGUGGUACUCGGCCUUCUACUCCGAGUUCCUCGCCAGCGCCACGCUCGUCAUGGCCAUCUUUGCGCUGUCGGACAAGUCGAACCUCGCGCCGCCCAAGGGCACGCAGCCCUUCGCCGUCUUCCUCGUCCUGCUCGCCAUCGGCAGCUCGUUGGGCUUCGACACCGGCUACGCCAUCAACGGCGCGCGCGAUACCGGGCCAAGGAUCGCCCUCUGGCUCGUCGGGUACGGCAGCCGCGUCUGGACCCACGAUGGCUUCUACUGGCUCUGGGCACCUUGGAUCGCCUCCAUCUCCGGUGGCACCCUCGGCGCUGCCCUCUACGACCUCUUCAUCUACACCGGCCGCGACUCGCCCGUCAACCGACCCAGGGUCGACCGAGCCUCGCUCGACGAGGGCGGCCACCAGCCCGUCUUUGGCGGAGUCGACGAGGAGGAUUAG